GCCAAAGGAUUCUGAAGCCAGAUCAAGCCGAACUAACUUAGGAGCAACAUCUGUGUAAAUAAAUUAUAAACAUGUCUGUGAUUUCAUUCUUUGUAUUGUGUUUUGGUGUUUUCGCCGUUAGCGUCGGUGCUGUCAGUGAGAAUGAGAGAAACCAAAUCAGCCAAUCAAUUCUUCCUCACAUCGUCAAGUGUUCACAAGAGUACGGAGUCUCUGAAGGCCAAAUCAAGGAUGCGAAGGAGUCCGUCAAUCCUCUUGGCCUCAACCCUUGCUUCCUUGGUUGCGUUUUGAAGAGUGCCGGUAUUAUUGACAAAAAUGGAUUAUUCGACGUUGAGGCUACAAAAGAAAAAAGCAAGAAGUACAUUAGUAGUGAAAAAGAUGUCACCAACUUCGAUAAAAUUAUUAAGGACUGUACUGAAGUGAACCAGAAAAAUGUGAGUGACGGUAACAAAGGAUGCGACAGGGCGAAGGAAUUAGUCACUUGCUUCUUGGCUAAAAGGGGUGAUUUCUCAGUAUUCACAUUUUAAGCUGUAUUAACUGUUACAUAUGAAGAUACAAGAGGAUGAUCAUCGGCAACAGUAUCUUUGUAGUUUUAUUAUUAAAUAAACGUAGUUGAAUGUUA